GCCCCCAUCGUGGGUAGAGACGGGAGAGAGCCGCUCAGUGUUGCCUGGGCACCUCUCCGUCACAGUGCCACCACGCCACUGCGGCGGCCGUACCCUGCCGCUUAUGCCCAAGUGCGCGGUGCCCUCCAGCGUGUGCGAUAGUAGGUGAAACGAACAUGGCUUUUGAAAGUCGCCAAUGAUUGGUUUACUGGACGAUUUGACUGAUUAAUCUGCUGUGUAACCAGGCAAAAAACACAAAGAAAUAGAAAGAAAAUCCGUUAUAGAAUAAGGCAAAAGACAAGAGGCUAAAAGGAAUCUAAAAGCAGUGAUCAAAAUUCCGUCGCAAGAGGUGACUACGCGAAGUGACGACGAUGCUCGGGUCGCAGGGCAUUCCCCUCGCCUAGGUCCGUCCGCUCGAGGCCGCGGCGCGAGCAUGCAGGAGGGCGUGCAGCCGGACAUGCUGUUCCCCGUGGACGCCGACCAGGCCCACUACCUCACCGUCAUGACCAACCGCUGGCGCUGGCGAACCCCCAGCCCCGGAUACGACUCCAGCGACCACGCCCCCAGCCCCGCGCCUAGCCCCGCCCCCAGCCCUCUCAAGCCCUCCUCCAGCAGGAGCUCGACCGCCUCCCCCUCCGCUGGCCUCGGCCCCGCCCACUCGAGGAAACGCCCCGCCUCCCGGGACGCCGUGGCCACGCCCGACCUCGACGGCGUGGCGCUGACCCGGUGCGGCCUGGUGGUGGGCGAGGGCGAGGGCGUGCCCCUGGGCGACGGGCAGGUCCCCUCGCCCACGUGGGCGGGAAUCGAGGCCGGCGACAGCGACGCGAAGCCCGGCGCAGACGAGGCCUCCGGAGGCAGCGCGGCGGCGCCGGAGCUGGCCCUCAGGGCGACGAGAAAAGACGACGAUGAAGACGACGACGACGGCGCGGCUGAGGUUGUCGCGGACGUGGUGGUGUCGCUCGACUCCUCGCGGGCGGCGUCACUCACCCGCACGUGCAAGUGGGCGGGAUACAAGAAGGUACGUUGUCAGAGUGAAGCGGCGAAAGACGAAGGGGGGAGAGAUGUGUAGGAGAUGAAGGAAGGUAAAAGGAUAGUGGAUGUUUUGGGAGGAGAAGGAGAAGAAGGAGAAGG